AAUUGGGUAUUCGGGUCGACCCGGAAUACUCUUCAUCUCGGGCAAGACUUGUAGAACCUUUAGUCACGACGAGUACUCGUCUUUGUCUUAUGCUUCGAGCUUAAUUUAGAUCAGUAGAGAGAAAGAUGGGAAGGUGUUUAACGAAGAGGGUGUAUCUGAUUCAGAGUCCGAUCUUGUUUCUUCAUCUCUUGAUCUCCUUUUCGUCAGGUGCAGUGAAACCAGAGUUGAAAGGUGUAUGUGUUUCUAAAGGAGGGAGGUUUCCGCCAUAUGAAUCAGAAGGAAAGCCUCCUAAAUCUGUUGGUAGAGGAUCCAAGGAUCUUACAAUGUGCCGGGUGUUUCGUAAAAGGACUUGUUGUUCUUCUGUUCAGACAAACCCGGCUUUCGUAGCUGUCAGAAACCUGGCUACUUAUGGAGAAGCUAGUGACGAAUGCUUGCAGCUGUUCGAGUUAUUGGAGUGUUCAAUCUGUAACCCAAAUGUUGGAAUUCAACCAGGUCCUCCUCGCAUUUGCGGUUCGUUUUGUGACAGAGUCUUUGAAGCUUGCAAAGAUGCAUACUUUGCUAGUAAUGUACUUACACGGGCGAUUGGUCCUUGUGGAGUAAAUGGUAACAUCAUAUGCGUUAAGGCCUCAAAUUGGGAGUCCAAUGGCACAGCAUUCUGUGAAGCAGCUGGUUUUGCUGUUCAAACAAAUGGUGAUUCUAGAGAAAAACCAUGCUACGGAAGCAAAGCGAGUCUAGAAUCAGUGGUGGAAUCAUGGUCAAGAGACUCCCGAAAGGAGACGUCUUUAAAGACUGAGACUUUAUCAUGUUUUAAAGAUCUUCUCCAAUGGGUUCGCGAAAUGACGACGAUUCAGAAAAUUUCUUUGGGAAUGUCGUUUCUUGUAGCAGGACUGUUCUUGAUCAGGCAAUCUAAUAACCGUUAUCAGAAGCAGCGGCUAGCUGCGAUUCAGAGGACUGCUAGAAGAUUGGGAGGAAACAUGAACGGGAACUCAUACAGUGCAGCUAUAAAUAGAAGGACAGUUCAAAGCUCUGAUUAAGCUUAUGGAGAGAUAUAUUUUGUGGCAGUAGUUUGUAAAAGCCAGGAACCAACUGUUAUCAGAGUAAACUAGUGAAGUCUCGUUUCAAGUGAAAUUUUGCCAAGAACUGUGUUGUAAUGUUCUGUCUUCUUAUA